AUGUAUAAGAAUAUAUCAGUGGCCUUAAAGGCGCUGGGGCUGGAAACCACCAAUUCCGAAUUAAACAAAGCUAUUCACAAUAAUGUUAUACCAUUAUUGGAUAAACCAAAUGGUCUUCAAGAGGCUAUCAAAGUAUUGUCUGAGUAUGUCCUCAGGUUUGAAGAUGCACACUUAUUCAGAAAAUACUUGUCAAACAUUCUUCUGGCGUUAGUAUCAACUAAGAUUCCUCUAAAACCUGUGUUCGCAAGCUCGAACUAUGGCACCUGCACGGAUGCUGAGAAGAGCUAUCACCUGGACUAUUGUAUUUCUCUGUCACUGCUGAGUGAACAUCCUGAUGUCUUACAAUAUGCCCUCAAAUACUUUGAAACUAAUCCAGCGGCACCAUUCGAACUGUUCAUCCACCAUGAAGACUCCUACAAUGUGGCUCCAAAGAAGAGAAGGCUGCUGGAUUUUAGACAAAAGAUUACGGACUAUCACAUAGUCCAAUGCUGCUAUAAUUUGCUACGCAAACUGCCCAAUGAGUUUGCUGCUAAAUGGGACUGGACAAUUUUUGUAACCAAUUUCAGCUGCCAUGAGGAUGAUGAGAUAAGAUGGAUGGUAAAAGAAUGCAUGGUCAUUCUAACAAACAUGACAGAACACCAAUCAAAGUUGCUAUCUACAAGCCUUAACACAACUGCCCAAGACACCAAACAGGCAUGCAACACGCAGACCAUAGAUUUACCAACCAUAGAGGACACUAUUCAUGCUGACCUGAAAGACUGCAGCGUGGUGAACAUUGAUGGGAUCAUGCUUCCAUUAUUUGAUAAGAGUAAUGUGCUGAGUAGUAAUUUGGUGCCUGUCAAAUCCACAGUGAAUAAUUUGAGAAGUUUAGCAUUGGCUGUUGCAUCAGGUAAAGCCGUUUCUCUACUAGGCCCAGUGGGAUCAGGCAAGACAUGCUUAGUGGAGCAUCUAGCAGCCAUAACCGGUCGGAAAGGGGUUGCUUUCAAGAAAGUGCAGCUAGGAGAUCAGACAGACUCUAGGAUGCUGCUGGGCUCUCACCAUUGCACUGAUGUACCAGGAGAAUUCGUUUGGAGACCGGGUGUUUUGACUGAGGCUGUGCAAAAUGGCCACUGGUUGCUGCUGGAAGACAUAGACAGCGCCGCUCUAGACGUGGCGUCGACUUUGAGUUCCCUGCUAGAGAGAAAUGCACUCUGUGUCCCAGGAUAUAGAGACUCUUUGCCGGUCACACCAGGAUUUCAGCUUUUUGUCACACAAAGGACUGUCAACACAAAUUAUGGAUUCCAAAAGAAAAUAUCAAAUUCGAGUACACUGCUCCAAAAACACUUAACUCAAAUAAACGUCGAGCCCCUCUCACGGUCAGAGCUGGCUGAAAUCGUAAACAAACUCUACCCAAGUCUAUCAACAAUUUGCCCAAGAAUGAUAGAAGUUUUCAUGAUGUUCUCAGUCGGAAGCCAUGACACGUCUUUGCAAACAACUGAAACUGUGAAUCCUGCGAAAGAUACAAGUAUUACAGUCAUGAAAGGCUCAAGACUUAUUUCCACCAGGGACUUAAUUAAGUGGUGUUCGAGAUCCGUCGUGGGUUUCGACGUUUCAAGCCCAGAGUCGGCUCUGAAGGUACUCCAGGAUGCCAUAGACAUUUUCACUUGUUCAAUCGCGUUGCCCGAGCAUAGACUAGAACUAGCCAAAAAGGUCGGCACCUGUUUAGGCAUAAUCGAGACUAAAUCUGAAUUUUAUUGCAAACAUCAUAAACCAACUGUGUCCUUGCAUCCUAAUUCCUUGGAAGCGGGAAGAGCGAAAGUCGCUAGAAAGGAAAAGACUUUAGAAUCUGUUGAUUUUGAUAAUAAACAAGUAGUCUUUUCUUUCACUCGUCAGUCAGCUUGCUUACUAGAGAGAAUCGCGUGUUGCGUGACAUCGAACGAGCCAGUAUUAUUAGUUGGAGAGACAGGAACUGGAAAAACGUCUUCUGUCCAAUAUUUAGCCAGGCAGACGGGACACAAGCUAGUAGUUAUCAACAUGAACCAGCAGUCCGAUUCCGCUGAUUUACUCGGCGGCUACAAACCGGUGGACAUAAAAUAUGUGAUACGACCAAUCAGAAACGAGUUUGAAGAAUUAUUCCGAAGUUACUACAAUGUUGAGAAGAACAAAAAGUUCCUAUCCCAUAUAGACACGUGCUACAAGAGCGAAAGCUGGACCGCGUUACUGGCCUUAAUGAAGCAGAGUCACAAGUCUGCUGUAAAUAGACUUACGAAUGAGAAGAGUGAGAAAAAGCUGAAAAAAUGGCAGGCGUUUGGCCACAAACUUGUGAAAUUAGACCAGCAAGUUAAAGCGGCUUCCAAACUAACUUUCGCUUUUAUCGAAGGUUCGUUAGUCAAAGCUAUGCAGGAAGGCCAUUGGGUUCUGCUAGAUGAAAUCAAUUUGGCCUCAGCUGAGAUAUUAGAGUGCUUAGCCGGUCUUUUAGAGGAUAAAAACGAGACCAUUGACUUGAUAGAAAAGGGUGAUAAGGUCCCCAUAAAAAGACACCCGGAUUUCACGCUAUUUGCAUGCAUGAAUCCCGCAACAGAUGUGGGCAAGAAAGAUCUGCCUGUUGGACUAAGGAAUCGAUUUACAGAAUUCUUUAUAGACGAGUUGACUGAGAGGAAUGAUUUGAUGCUGCUUAUAGGGGAUUACUUGUAUCACUUGAAUCUUAGCGGGCCGAUGCUGGAAGGGAUAUACAACUUCUACUCUACUGUCAGAAAAGAAGCGAAGUUAAAUCUUGUGGAUGGUGCAGGUAAUGCACCUCACUACUCGUUAAGAACGCUCUGCAGAGCCCUAACGGCGGCAGCUAGGGCCAAAUGCGGAACGGUGACUAGAUCCCUAUACGAAGCAUUUUGUCUGUCCUUCCUUACACAGUUGGACAGCUCUUCGCAUCCGAAAGUGGAAGCCAUGGUUGCCAAGGCAGUGAUCGGAAAGAAAAAUAUCAGCGCAGUCCUAAAUCAACUUAUACCAGAACCACAAAUCCCAGGGAAAAACUAUUUACUUUUUGAAGGUCAUUGGAUUCCGCAGGGAAAACUCGAAAUAGCCAUUCCCGAUGGCUAUAUUUUGACUCCCACGGUCAGAAAAAAUCUUCGUGAUAUAGCGAGAAUCGUAUCCUUAGGUAGACUUCCUGUUUUGCUACAGGGUGAUACGUCUGUUGGAAAAACCUCGCUUAUUACAUAUAUCGCUAAAGCUUCGGGCAACUUUUGCGUAAGGAUAAACAACCAUGAACAUACGGACCUACAAGAGUACAUAGGGUCUUAUGCAACGGACGCCAGCGGGAAACUAGUAUUCAAAGAAGGUGUACUAGUCGAAGCAAUGAGGAAAGGACAUUGGAUUAUUCUUGACGAACUCAAUCUAGCUCCAAGUGAUGUGCUGGAGGCUCUCAACCGUGUCCUAGACGACAACCGCGAGCUGUUCAUACCAGAAACACAACAAGUAGUCAAAGCUGACCCCAACUUUAUGUUAUUUGCGACGCAAAAUCCUCCUGGAUUAUACGGAGGACGAAAAAUGCUCUCAAGAGCGUUUAGAAACAGAUUCGUUGAGUUGCACUUUGAUGAAAUACCAAGGAAAGAAUUGGAAACAAUCUUACAUCAAAGAUGCCACAUUCCUCCGACGUAUAGUAAAAAGAUGAUUGCUGUAAUGGCAGAAUUGCAAAUAAGACGCCGAGGUUCAGCGGCAGUCCAAGGCAAAGACGGCUUCAUUACUCUGAGAGAUCUAUUCAGAUGGGGACAGAGGUACAAGCUCGCUUCCAAGGAGAUUCUAACGGAAGAUAAAUUUUACGAUUGGGAUCAACAUAUAGCAGACGAAGGGUACCUUGUUUUGGCUGGUAAAGUGAGACAGGCAGAUGAAAGAGGAAUUAUUGAAGAAGUUAUAGAAAAACAUAUAAAAAGGAAAGUUUGUCCAGAUAAUCUUUUCACCCUACACAAAACUACAUCCCCUGUAACUAAAGAUAUUUUAGAAAUAAUUCUAAAUAAUCAACUACAGGAGUUCUCCCACGUGGUUUGGACGUACAAUAUGAGAAGACUGGCAGUUUUGAUCGCAAAGGCCUUCACAUUUGAAGAGCCCGUUUUAUUGGUUGGAGAGACUGGCUGUGGUAAAACCACAAUAUGCCAAGUCCUAGCGACAUUGAGAAAAACUCAGCUUUUGACAGUCAAUUGUCACAUGCAUACAGAGAGUUCGGACUUCUUAGGAGGUCUACGUCCAGUACGACAAUACAAGAACGACGGCAGAUUGUUCGAAUGGGUCGACGGUCCAUUGAUAAACGCAAUGGAAAAUGGCCAAAUGUUUCUAGCCGAUGAAAUAUCCUUAGCAGACGACAGUGUCUUAGAAAGAAUGAACUCCCUGCUUGAACCUGAUAGACAGCUAGUCUUGGCUGAAAGAGGAAUGGAGGAUAACUCGGAAAUAGUAGUUAUCACAGCCCAAAAGAAUUUCCAUUUCAUCGGUACUAUGAACCCUGGAGGUGAUUUUGGUAAGAAGGAGCUUUCGCCUGCACUUCGCAACCGAUUCACCGAAAUAUGGUGCGACAGCGUGUCUUCCAGAGAAGACUUACUAAGUGUCCUGGAAAAAAGCGUGAACAAAGGUAUUUCACUGGGCAAUCAAGAAGACGGUAGUACAGGGAUAGGAACCUACAUACUAGACUUUACAGAUUGGUUGAAACACUCAGAGGUUACCAAUAAAUUCCCGUUCAGUUUGCGUGACCUGCUAGCUUGGGUUCAGUUUAUCAAUGUGACAGUUGCAAAGGGCCUACUGGAUACCCCUGAAGCAUACGUUCAUGGCGCGUGUAUGACAUUCUUGGAUUGUUUCGGCACUGCUCUAACUGGGCAUAUUGAAUCAGAAACUUUAUACAUUCUUCGCAAGACUGCUAUAGAUUUCUUACUGAACCAAAUACAGGCGGUUGGAAAUGAAUAUAUUGAGGGUCUAAGAGAAAUGCUAAGUAAUAAGCAGACAAAAUUCACUGCAGAAUCUGAUGAUAAGAAAUUUGGUAUACGGCCGUUCUAUAUCGAAUUGGGAGAGAAUUUCAGUAUAGCCGAUGACGACCAAAAGUUCACAUUUACUGCACCGACUACGGGAUCAAAUACGCUAAGAUUAUUGAGAGGCAUGCAACUCAAUAAAGCCAUCCUUUUGGAAGGUAACCCGGGCGUAGGAAAAACUAGCUUAGUAACAGCCCUUGCUAAGUCUUCGGGACAUAAGGUGGUUCGCAUUAAUCUCAGCGAUCAAACUGAUAUAACAGACUUAUUUGGAACCGAUCUCCCGACAGAAGACGGGUCGUUUACAUUCAAAGAAGGAGCGUUCCUGAGCGCUUUGCAAAACGGUGAUUGGAUCCUACUAGAUGAAUUGAAUUUAGCUCCUCAACCGGUAUUAGAAGGUUUAAAUGCUUGUCUUGAUCACCGAGGUGAGGUGUUUAUUCCAGAAUUAGGAAAGACGUUUAAAGUGAAAGCAGAAACGAAAUUAUUCGCCUGCCAAAACCCUCUAAAGCAAGGUGGCGCACGCCGUGGCUUGCCUGUAUCCUUCCUAAACAGAUUCACCCAAGUAUACAUCGACACAUUGACCAAGGAAGAUCUUAUUUACAUCGUUGAGUCCCAAUACCCAAUCUUACCCAAAGAUAUCUUGCAUAGGAUUGUCCAAUUUAAUUGCAAAAUUGCUCACGAGAUCACUGAGCUACAAUCAUGGGCUCAUAGAGGCGGUCCUUGGGAAAUGAACUUAAGAGACAUUCAGAGGUGGUGUGAAGCUCUUAUUGAAGAACAAAAUAACGGCAACGAUCCACUACCAGGAAAAUUGGUCGACAUGCUCUAUGUAAACCGCAUGAGAACCACUGAAGAUAAAGAGAAGAUGAUACAAAGUUAUGAUGAAUGCUUUUCUCCCGAGUAUCCAAGAAGCGAUAGCAGCCCUCAGUUUGAUGCAACUGACAAGAAAAUUAGUAUUGGAGAUGUCGCAAUAGAUCGAAAUAUUGAGAAGGGUUUUAAAAACAGGCGCUCGCUUGAAACCAACCUGCAGGUUCUUAGAAACCAAUUGCCAACACUCAAAGCUCUAGCUCAAAGUGUCAAGAUGAACUGGUUGUCUAUACUAGUGGGACCCACGGCUACUGGAAAAAGCAGUAUCGUUCAGGUACUAGCCGAUUUAACGGGCAAUGACCUCCAAGUUUUACCAGUGACGUCGGCCAUGGAUGUAUCAGAUCUACUCGGUGGAUUUGAACAAGUGGAUUACAAUAGAAAUCUCGAAACUUUGUACGAUCAAAUAGAAACUAUUACUAUAGAGACCGUGCGCAACAUGUGGCUAACUCAGCCAAAUAAGGACUGGAAGUUGAAUAAACUCACGAGCCAACUGAAUCAAUACAAGGCUCUACAAUCCGGCGCAAACAAUAGCUACGAAGCGGAUACGCAAAAAUUCACCGAAAAAAUCCAAUUCCUAUUAAAUCACUGUAAAAAACUUCUAGAAUCCAACAAGAGACAUGAUGCCACCCGAAACACGAUUGAAGAAACUGCAACCAAAUUGAAGAACUUGCAAACGAAUGUGUCCAAGCUCACAUCAGUAAAUGCCGGCGGCAAAUUUGAAUGGAUAGAUUCGCUCCUUGUUCGGUCUUUGAUUAACGGUUCCUGGCUGCUUCUAGAUAAUGUAAAUUUGACCUCGGCGGCAGUUUUAGACCGACUGAAUGGAUUGUUAGAGCCGAAUGGAGUUUUGAGUAUACCGGAAAGAGGGGAGAUAAGCGAAAUUGUACCUCAUCCCAACUUUAGGGUAUUUUUCACGAUGGACCCGAAAUACGGAGAGAUAUCAAGGGCAAUGAGGAAUAGAGGGGUUGAAAUUUUCUUACUAAGAUCUGAAGACUGCGAUGCGAGCUUAACACAGACAGUGUCUUAUAUGGAUUUGACUGCUCUGUUAUCUUCGUGUGGGCUGCCAAAUCAUUACCAUGAAAUAGUUAUUAGCUGCCAUGAGUUAAUGACCUCAUUCGUACAAGGUUUAGAACGUCCAACGAUCUCUCAUUUACUCCAAGCUGCUUAUCUUACGUGGCAGCAAAUAGUUAGAGGCGUUUCCCACGAGAUGGCACUGCUUAACAGCUUUGCCGAUGUUUAUAUCAAACCGAGAGGCGGAGCAGAUUUUACUUCCAAUAUCAACAUGUCACUGGCUGAAAUGAAAAACAUUAUGCUCAAAGCUUUAGAAGAAAGAAUAAGUAAAGAAGAAUACAAUGCGUUAGAAACAAAAGACACCGGCCAUACGCUAACUGUUAAAGGCUUAUGUUCAAAUUCGACAAACGCAAUUGCUAAACAAAUUGCGUAUCCUUCUAUCCAACAAUCAACUCAUAAAGGAGCGGACUUGGCAUUACUAGCAAGCGUUUUUACCGCAUACCAAAAAUGCACCGAGGGAAGCAUUCAAAUAUUACAUGCUUUAAUACAAGAAGGAUUAAAAAACAAGUACAAUGGGAACGAAGAUUUAACUGGUCAAUUUAAUGAAGUGGCCUUCGCUGCUGGAAAGGCUUUAAAGAAUUCCGAGACAUCCAGGAGGUUCUACCCAGAAUCCCAACCGAUCGACGAAAACGAAAUCACGGAUGCAAAUAUGAAGUCGGUAACGCUUUACGAUGAACUGUGGAAGACUUUAAAUAAAAGGAACUUGCUUGAAAACAAUUUUUCCGCCAUCGAUUAUUCGAAGGCCAUAGCAACCGGAGCAUUGACCGACGACUUCGUUGAAUACCCCAUUCUAAAGCACUGCAAAAAAUACACGGAAAUAAUUGAUGAGUAUUUUAGAAAAUUAAUCAAGGAAGCACAAGAUUCCCUAGACGAUGAAACGGUGUGUAAAAUAAUUCAUAUUUUAAAUUGGAGAAACCGAUUCUUAAAAGCGUGUUCGCUGCCAAUAUUUGUGAUGAAGAAAAACAAAAGAACACCGUUGUUGAAAGAAGAAAUCGUGCCCUUGCUUUACAUGCACAGUAAAUGGGUUCAGAAACAUUUGAUGGGACAACUUUUCGGCAUGUUGCCGCUAAAGCAUAGUCUUCGAGAAAAGUUUGAAAGAGAAACUAAGGCGAUGUUGUAUAACGACCAAGACAACACUGAUAUUGCGAAGUUGAGCAAGAAAUUGCGAAAGGUCAAAGGUCAGCCCAAACUAUAUGAAAAUGAUGAUGAGUUUGACUUGGCUGUAGCUAGGACGGAUAUUUAUAAAGAAGUCACGUUAGAUAUGAAUCAGCCUAUUGAAGUACAGGCUCCGAAGCUGUCUCUAGAAGCGACUGCUUCAACGGACAUAAGUUUCUCAUUAGACAUUCCCGAUGGUACAGCUUUGUCAACAAUACAGGAAAAUAUCACGAAAAUGCUACAAGCGUCCAAAAAUGCUAAAUUAGGCUUAGAAGUCCAACUACUGCCUAUAAACGUAUACGUCAUUCAAAGAGUAUUAAGCAUAUUGAAGACACAUUUCAUAGACUUGAUCUACAAGCUGUCUCAAGGAGAGAACAUAAAAGCGGAUAAAAUACAAGAUUUUGCAAGCAUUUUGACAAACUUAACGAAUUUGGCAAAAGUAACCAAAGGAUUUCCUCCAACACUGCUAAAUCUUCUACAGAUCGUAGAAAAAUUGUGCAGUGGAAAUCAAGACAUAUUGAACAUCAGAAUAUCAUCACUCCCUGCAAAAUUCUGGGAUGAAUUUUACAAAGCGCUGGUCAAUUCGCCAGCACAAUACCCUCUAUUGUUCCUCAAAGUGCAGAAUGCGAGUCCCGAAGAUGAUUUAGAACUGAUUCCGACCAAUACGAAGAGGGUGUCCGCGAAUAUACCACUGCUGCCCUAUUAUGUGCAGAAGCUGACUACGGUUGAGAAUUCAGGUUCUCGUCAUUUACUUGCGUAUGAAACAAUAGCGCUGCAAGAUAGAGAAGUAUAUUCAAGACUAUUAGGCACGUUACUGAAUGUUGUAUGGAAAAACAUUGCCACAUUGGGUACUACUACCUCCAUGAAAAUAAAAACCGACGCUCUAUUUGAAAUGAGGAAAUAUGAGCAACUGAUGUUCUUCUUACAAUCGAUUAUAUUCUCAAAGCAAUCGGAUAAGUCAUACGCCACGCUCCAGGAUUAUUUAAAAGAUCACCCCACGCUAACCGAAAUGAUUGGGGAAACAAACAGGGUGUUCAUAACACUACAGCAAAGUGUCAACCAAAAUCUAAAAUCUUCUAUUGAAAAAACUAAGAUUAAAGUUCUAUCGGCUGAGCUCUCAUUAUUAACAGGUCUCAUAAUGGUCAAAAUAAUGUCUGAAGUCAAUCCAGUAGACCAAGUAGAAAAGUAUAAACUAAAAGUGAAAUACAUAGAAGAGGAUAUAGAAGUAUUUGAAGCCCUGCUGAGCGCUUACUACAUGCAUGGGCUCAUAUCAGGGAGUGUCUCUGAGAACAAACUUAUUGAAAAGGCUUCUGAUGUGUCAGUUGAGAGUUAUGACAGAGACAGUGAAAAGAGGAAGGGGUUAGAAAAAGUACACCCCUAUUGCUCUAUUCUACUCGAGUUAAGAGAAAACAUAGGCGCGAAAAUACAUAAAUACGCGGAAGGAAAUACCUUUAGGCCGAAGGAGCCGUCAUAUAACGUGUUUGCUAAGGAUUGCCGACACUUUGCAAGAUCAGUGCUUGCCCCCAAAUCGAUAGCAGAUCUGUCAAGUAACCUACGAAGAACUUGUAACGAACUAUUACAUAUCUUACAAACCAAUACACUUAAUAAAACAUCGAUGCAACAAGCUCAAACAGUUUUAAAAGAAACCGCUUCUUGGCUGUAUUCAGUGAACGCGUUUUACAAGAAAAUCGAGUCGACAUAUUCCGACGCCUUCCCAGACUUGGCUAAACCACUGCAAAGUUCCGUAUCAGAAGUCAUCCACAGCGUAACAUCGUUGAGUGAUUUAAUCAGAGAAUUGGGGGCUAAAAUCGAGCAGGGGCCGAUUCUAAACGAAGUUAUUAAUGACUUGAUGGUGUAUCCGAAUGAUAUUCCGAGUAAAGAUGAAAAGACGAAGUCUUUGAACCGAUUCGUGACAUCCAGUGUUAUGCAGUUGUUGAGCAGGAAUAUUAUAGCAGCUGACGGUGACACGUUUGAUGUUGAAACCGAGUGUAUGGAAAUUUUAAAAAUGAAUCUGUCAGAGAUUAAAAUGUACUGCACGGCCGCCGAGCGUGCGGAUCGAAUGGCGGUGAACAGCGUAAUGACGACUUUGAAUAGCAUCGUCAAGACCUGGGACAAGCAGCAGAGAGAUAUCGAGAAGAAGAAACAGGACGACGAAGCAUUAUAUGUAACGAAAUCAAAAUGCGACGACGUAGACGAAGAAACAGAAGCGUAUCAAGAAAUCUUAGAAAUGUUUCCUUCCUACUCUGACCAUGACUUUGCCGAAUUUAAGGCACCAACUUUAGAACAAAAGAAACUCAAACCGCCAACAGACAAAAAACCGAAAUACCUUAUAAGCCCCGAAGACGUUUCCCUAAUUUACAAAUGGCAUUCAAACUUCGUUCGAAAUUUGACUUCGGCUGAAUGGUUACCCUCUCCAAAGAGGAUGGUAGGGAAUAAUGUCAUCAGUCCGUUGGUGCAGAGGUAUCCGAUAUUUAGCCGGGUCAUGUCAAAUGCCUGGGAGGCGUUGGAUGCUGAAUUUGAAGGUGCGAUGACACCGGGCUUGAUGGUGCUUAUUUCUCAGAUUAAGGAGAAAAUUGAUGGGAUUGAGACGAGCAACCAUAAGAUUGACUUUUACCAUUCCCCAUGGGUUUCGGAAACUAGACAAUGCCUGCCUCUGCUACGGCGAGUCAAAGAAAGCACGAAUGCGCUGCUAGACCAGUGGCCGGACUUCCCUACACUGAAAGACAUAAUUGUGAUAGUGGACAGAAUACUAAAUUUCCCUGUCACCAGCCCCGUGUCCCGUUUUCUGACCGGUUUCGAGUUGCUUCGCGACAAGAUCGAAGAGUGGAACAAAAACGCACACAAAGGGAACAAUUUGAUUGAUAUAUCUUUGGAAGUUGGGCAGCAGAUCAUUAAUUGGAGGAAGCUGGAGAUGGGGCAUUGGAAGGAGUGUCUAAACAAUUUAUAUCACAGGAAACAAUCCGAAGCCCACAAAUACUGGUUCUACGUAUACUCGGUCAUCAACUCGUACUUAGACGAGACUGCAGACCAUGUCCCAGCGGAGAGGGUCAUCAAAGUCCUGAAGGACUUUAUGGAGACGUCCAACUUGGCAGAGUAUGAAGUCAGGCUGGAUAUACUGUUUGUGUAUCAUUGCCAUCUAGUGCACUUUGAACGGAGUCAGAGGCGAGAUGAACUUCUAUCGAUAUUCUGGAACACAUACAACUACUACGCUCAAUUCGCUGCCCAAGUCGCAGCACAAAUAAAGGAAAAGCGGGCGCCAAUCGAGAAGAAACUUCGAGACUUCGUGAAGAUCUGCUCGUGGGACCGAGACCUUAGCUACUGGAGCGUUAAGGACACGGUGGAUAAAGCACACAGGGCUCUGCAUAAGCAUACUAAAGAGUUUGAGAACGUACUAAAAGAAAGCGUGGUAUCAUGCCUAGUUGAUAAAUCGAACGAUUCGGGGGUCGACCACGUCGGUAUCUGGGAUCGGCCAAAGCGGACCACGGGCGUCAAUCCCGCGGGCGGCGCUUACAUGGUCGACACACAGAACUAUGUUGUUAUGGCUAGAAAUAUCAAGAAAUAUCUGGAUCAAUCCGAACAGCCGUGCGCAGUGAUAUCCGACAGUAGCCUACUGUCGAAGAUACCCAGCUUACUGAAUAAAGCCAAGCUGCUGUGUAAAGAGACGUUGAAUAACGCCAGCUACCCCUCUCUGGUUCAGGCGUUAGACGACUUCGUCACAGUCGUCAUAGAAACGAGCACGCAUCUCGGCUCGUUGGAGAUCGACGGAACACUUUCUAAAGAAAAACAAACAUCUCAAGCUAAGAACAUCGUGCGGCAGAAACGCAAAGCGGUCGCAGACCUUUUCAAAGCCCUUAGCACGAUAGGUCUGAACUACCGUACAGGGCUGGUCAUACUGGCGGCGGCGGAGCAAGAAAUGUACGACUUCACUAUAGCCCCAGUUGAUUUGGAUGCGGCUAUGAGUUAUUUGAAGAGCAGACGGUGUGACGCCUCCCUCAGCCUGCUAUGGUCCGGUUGUGAAAAGUAUUUCCACAAGAAUAUUGCUCGUCACAGAACUCUGUCCGCGGCCCUACUGACGCCUCACCAAGAUUUGGGCAUACAGAACAUUGAGCGGUGCAAAGGAUUCGCUGCGCAGUUACUGAAACUAACAAACUCUCAAAAGAAGUCCAUUUCGAAGUACUCCAGACACCUCUGUGACCUACGGACACUCACAACAAACCUGACAUCUGUGUUAGACAUCGACGCUUCUGGCGUGAAUAUUACUACGCUAAAUAAAAAACUGAAGACCCUGACUGAAUGUUACGCUAACGCUAGCAUAUUACUCGACCAGUUCAGCGUUCUCAUAAAAUCCUGCCCAGAGAAAGAACUCAGAGCAGAAUAUGAACCGGAGUUCGAUGCCGUCCUCUCCCAAUCUCCAAUAGUACGCUGCUUUAAAAACAGCGACGAAUGGCAUGCCCUAUACAAGAAAAUAAAAAGCGUAAUAUCAAUCGUCGAUAAACAAAAGACUGCUCUACACAAAUUAUCAAACACAAUGCCCAAAGAACUUGGAAGCGACUUUGGUCCUCUGCCAAACGUUUCACAAAGUCAUAUAGACAUCACCAACGAAGCUAAAGCUAAUCUGGAAAGCAUACAAGAAAAAUUGGACAGUGUAUUAACUGAAUAUCACUUCAAAUUACAAUCCAGUUUAAUAACAGAUAAGAUACCUGAACAUCCUAUACUAAAAAGUAUCGCCAAUUUAUCAAAAUAUGCAAAAGAGACCAUAGAACAACUUGAUACUUAUGACGAACCAGCAGACGUUUCCAUGGAAGACACAGAGACCAAAAAGACUGAGUUGAUAAGUGAGACCGAAGACUUAGUAGCCACGAUGCUACUUGUGAUUCAAUCGUUGUAUAAGAAACAUUUGCCAGAAGAUAAAGCAGACGUUGACGUACUAAAUGCGAUAGAUGAAAUAAUUGAAAACGGUGAGAAAGAGAAGGAGGAAUCGAACGAAAUCCUCGAAGAUAAUCACUUGAAAGAACUUUUACACGAUAAACUGUCAAGUGACGGCAAAUCACUAAAACUAGAGGCUUUGGUUACUAAAGUUCAUAAUUUGUUAAGGAAUUAUGUAGAAUUUUUAUCGACAACGGACAAAGAUACAGAAGAAGUGAAGAAUGUGGUGAUGAGGUUGAUCCCUAUAUUGGAACAGAUUGUGCUAUUUGUACAAUACUUCGUCACUCAGAAAGUAGCCGUACACAGAGUUUCGUGUAAGAUGCUAUCGGUGCUUUUGAAGAUUUUCUCUGACUUAGCAACGAAAGGUUUCUGCAAACCGUCUGACAUGGACAUGGAGGACGGUGACGGCGAGGGCGGUCCGGGAAAGCUCACCAGCGGGACCGGUCUGGGCGACGGCGAGGGGCAGAAAGAUGUUUCAGAGAGGAUCGAGAAUCAGGAUCAACUGGACGAUGCCCAGCGUCCAGGAGAAGAGAAAAAGGAGGAGGAAAGAGACUGUAAAGAGGAGAAGGGAGUCAACAUGACUGACGACUUCGAUUCCCACCUGCAGGAUGUUGAACAAAAAGAAGGCGACUCAGAUCAAGAUGACGAUGAAGAGGAUGCUGACAAACAAAUGGGAGACACGGACAAUGCAGCUGAAAAGCUAGAUCAACAAAUAUGGGGUUCAGAAGACGAAGAUAUUGACGAGGAACAAAACGAUAAGAAAGAGAAAGAGGAAAAAGGGAAGGGCGAAAGUACUGGAGAGAAAGAGAUGGGUGCCAAAGAGAAGGAACAAGGACAGGACGAUGGUACUCAAGGGAAAGAGAAAAAGAAAAAAGAUAUCAAUGAAAUGCAGGAACCUGAAAUUGAUGAUGAUCAAGUGGAUCCAUUCCAUGGCAACCAACAACCUCUUCCAGAGCCUGAAGACUUCGACCUUCCCGACAACAUGGACGUAGAUGGCGAUGAAGCGGCCGAUGACAAAGACGGUGAAACAGAAACGGAGAAUCCUUUCGACAUCGACGUGAUGAAAGAGAACAUACCUGAGGAGCCAGAGGAGGAGCAGAAAGAGCGAGACAACACCGGCCUGGAGGUGUCCAGCGACGAGGAGGGAGAUGAUAAUGAAAAAGGGGAGGAUGGACAAAAUAAAGAGGAUUCGCAAGAUAAAGAAGAAGAAGGUAAAGACGAGCAACCACAAACAGAAGACAGCAAAGACGAGGAACCCUCAGAAAACGAUCAAGCUGACAAUGCCGAGAUGGAAACAGAAGAAAAUCAACCCGAUCAAGAGCAACCGGAACCCGACAAACCGGAUGAACUCCCCACCAACCCUGAUAAGAUAAACGAGGAAGACCAAGUGGAAGAAAAGAAGGAAGCGAAGCCCCAAGCUGAUCCAUCUACGAAUGACCCAGCGGCUGGUGAGAAGGCGGAGAACGCUGAAGUGGAGCGAGGGACUGACGAUAAUGUGGAGACCAAUGCUGAUCAGAAGAAGGAUGAGGAUUCCGCGCCUUUUGAACAAGCCCAAGAGCAAGUAGGCGAAGACAGACAGUCGACCGGCCGCUCAGAACUGGACAAGAGCGACAAAGGCCAUCGCGGCGAAAAGCAGGCGGCCAGCCGCUCCAACCAGGCACAAAAACAGAACAAGAGGAAACAGAACAAACCGGGGCAAACGGACCAGGAGCGGACGCUGGGUGAUGUAAACGAAGAUAAGAAAAAAUCGCGCACUCUGAACGUGGAACGCGAGGAAGAAUCAGAGGAGGGCGCGACGGAAGACAAGGACGGAGAUAAGGACGCCGACGCGUUCCAGCAUGUCAAGCAGGCCAAGAAGGAUGACUUGCAGGUUAUAGAUGCCGCUACGAAAGAGCAGGCGGAACAACAGCCGACGCUUCAACAAGAGGACGAGGACGCAGAAACUAUGAAUGAAGACGAGGAAGUCGCUAUGGACGUCGACGACGAUGAUUUGGAGGUGGAAAAAUCGGAAGAAAUCAAAUCUGAAAAAGUGAAAGGUACUGACAAACAAAGAGAGAAGUCAGGCAACAAGAAAGACGGAGCCGACGAUGCUACUGGCGAGACUGGCAUCGAAGUGGAGGGGGAGGGAGUGGCCACCACCACUGUGCCCAGAGGGCUGGACACCACUUACCAUACUAGGUUGGAAGACGUAACCCAGCACACGGACGACAUGUCGCUGGAAGAGUACAUGAGCAUCCGCUCGUGGCUGACGGGCGGGCGCACUAGCGGCGCAGGUGCGGACACGGCGUGGCGCGCGCUGUGGCGGCGCAGCGCCGCGCCAGCCGCGCGCCUGUGCGAGCGGCUGCGGCUCGUGCUCGAGCCCACAGCCCGCUCCAGGAGGGCUGGCGACUUCCGAACGGGCCGCGCCAUCAACAUGCGCCGCGUCAUCCCCUACAUCGCGUCCCACUUCCGCAAGGACCGCAUCUGGCUGCGCCGCACCAAGCCCGCAAGACGCGAGUACAAGAUCGCCAUCGCUGUAGACGACUCCAGCUCCAUGGCGGAUAACAGGAGCAAGGAGCUCGCGUUUGAGAGCUUGGCUCUUGUUUCACAGGCUCUAAACCUCCUCGAAUCCGGCGACCUCGCAGUCCUAAGCUUCGGCGAGAAACCCAACCUACUCCACCCGUUCACCGAACAGUUCUCCGAACACUCCGGCUCGAAGAUCCUAGAGCAGCUCCGCUUCGAACAAACGAAGACCAAGAUCGCUCAGCUGCUAGAUUUCUGUACAGUAAUGUUUGAAGAGCAAAGCGUGAGAAGCGACGCUCCGAACGCGAAGUUGCUGGUGGUCGUGAGUGAUGGCCGCGGGAUAUUCUCGGAGGGCGAGGCGCGCGUGUUGCAGGCUGUGCGGCGAGCGAGGCAGCAGGGCAUAUUCUUGGUCUACGUUAUUAUUGACAAUCCGGAUAAUAAGGACUCUAUAAUGGACAUCCGUCGACCGCUCCUAGACCCGACAACCAACACGCUGGCUGGCUUCGUGCAGUAUUUAGACACGUUCCCGUUCCCCUUCUACCUUAUACUGCGAGACAUAUCCGCUUUACCUAAUGUACUUGGUGACGCGUUGAGACAGUGGUUUGAACUGGCCGUCAAUACUAGUUAAUAGUGUUUUUUAUGGGUGAUUACAAAUUAUGUCCAAUACACUCGUACGUC